AUGGACCCCACGCUAUGCCAAACAGCCCACCAAGUCCGCCUCCUCGGCCGCCAAAACCAUAUAACCAACACCUCGGGCCUAGCCCCAGGAUACCUACAAGCGAACCUUCUCGUUCUUCCCUCGCGACACGCCGAGGAUUUCCACAAUCUGUGUCUCCGCAACCCGGUCUCCUGUCCCUUACUUGGGCUCACCCAGAAGGGCAACCCCCACAUCAUUUACCCGUCAACCUGCAUCAAAGACAAGGACUUCGAUCUUCGUACCGACUGUCCCAAAUACCGCGUUUAUAAAGAUGGCAAGUAUAUUGAAAGCCGUACCGAUCUCAUGAAUCUUUGGACAGACGAUUAUGUCGGCUUUCUAAUCGGAUGCUCUUUUUCCUUUGAAGAUGCCUUGUCUGACGCGGGGCUCAGACCAAGACACCAAGCCACGGGAACCAUUGUUCCCAUGUAUAAAACACGGAUUCCAUUGUUAGCAUCCGGGGUCUUCAAGAAUGGAACCUGCAUUGUUUCUAUGAGACCCUAUCGGAUGGAAGAUGUAGAGAGGGUUAGGGAGAUCACAAGACCCUUCCUAGCCACGCAUGGGGAGCCGGUUGACUGGGGAUGGGAUGCCCUCGAGCGGUUGGGGAUUAGCGAUAUUGAGAAGCCGGAUUUCGGGGAGAGACAGGUUUUUGAGGACGGGGAGGUUCCAGUUUUUUGGGCCUGUGGUGUCACACCACAGAUGGCAGUUGAGUCGGCAGGAGACCGAAUCGAAGGUCUUGUAUUCGCGCAUGAGCCAGCCCAUAUGCUGAUUACGGAUUUUACUGUCAAAGACUUGGAGACAUUGGGGAAGCCCCUUUAUAACUGAUCCGAUA